GGGGCUGCCUGUGGUUAGCUUAAUUACAACUUGAAGUCGAAGAUGGAGCCAAUGUUCACUCCGGCGCUGCACAGACAGAGACAUCAGUUUGUCAUCGAUUUUGUCAAGAGGAAGAAACCCAAAAAGGUGUUGGACUUGGGCUGCUGUGAGUGCGUUCUUCUGAAACAGCUGAAGUUUCACCGUGAAAUUGAACUGCUGGUUGGACUGGACAUCGAUGGUGUCCAAGUAAAAAAAAAGAUGCAUGGAUUAGCUCCUAUAUCAACUGACUAUCUGCAGCCAAGUUAUGAUCAGCUGCGCAUCGAGCUGUACCAGGGCUCCGUCACUGAGAAAGACGCACGCCUCAGAGGAUUUGAUCUGGUGACCAGUAUAGAGCUCAUUGAGCAUCUCACUCUUGCUGAUGUGGAGCUUUUCUCUGAGGUGGUGUUUGGUUACUUGACCCCUGAGGCGGUUAUCGUCAGUACCCCAAACUCUGACUUCAACCCCUUUCUCCCUGGACUUGUGGGUUUCAGGCACAUUGACCACAAGUUUGAGUGGACCAGAACAGAGUUCAAGUCCUGGGCUAUGAAGGUGUGUUUGCAGUACGGUUAUGAGGUGGAGUUAACUGGUGUUGGACAGGCACCUCCAGGUCAGCAGGAGCGCGUCGGCUUCUGCUCCCAGAUCGGUGUGUUUCACCGUCUCGGGGGCAAAGAGCGUUACAACAUGUUUGAUGAAGAUGCUGAGGAUGUGUUUUCAUACACUCUACUGUAUAGUAUAAUCUACCCCAGCCUGCAUGACAACAACAUCUUGCGGAGGGUCCUGAUGUGUGAGGUAGUUUACUGGGCGGAUAAGCUGAAGAGAAGAUGGACCGCAGAGGAGACUGGUGAGAGGGAUGACACAGAUGAUCUGUGCCAGGCUGAGGGUGAAGGGGGGGAAUGCUUCAGAGCAUCGGAGAGACACGUGGACACUGAAGAGGCACAGACAGCAGCAUGUGGAGCAGAGAUGAAAACCCUGGUGGAUCAGGAAGAGGAGGAUGGAGAGCUGUUUUGGAGACGCGGCCAACCGGAUUCUGACAAAUGGCGCAGGUGUGUGUCUGUCCCUCUGGCUGUGCUCUGGUGCUGCUGCCCCAAAGUCAGCGUUCUGAGUGGAAGUGUCAGUAAUCUCAGACUCCUCCUGAUGGAUGAACCCGGAGUUAAACUGAGCCAGGACGGCUCUGCUAUGCUCCUGAAUCACCAGGAACAAGACCUUGAUGAUGAUGAGAGUGAUGAUGAUGAGCAUCGUGCUGAUUUGGAGGACAGCGGAUAUGCAGAUGCCCGCCAGUGCCCCCCCCUCGCUGAACCAGAGGAAGACUGGGAGGCAAAUGUUUGAUCUUGGAGUAGGUGACUUCUUGAGUCAUCAAUAGUUUACCUUGGUUACUACUGGACAGUCUAAGUGUAUUCACAUAACAGGCCUUUAGAAUAGGAAUAAGCUGAAGGCUCAAAUGUAAAUUGUAAAAUAAAAAGUGAGAAGAAAAAGGUCAGUGUAAUUGUUUUACAUUAUACCCAAGUUGAAGUGCAAUCUAAAAGAGGUCAAGGUUUUUAACAGUUUUAUUCAACAGUGCCAUGUACACAUUUGAAGCAUCCAGUAUACUCGUAUAGGAAGCAAAUGUUGGUCAAAAGCACAAGUCUGUAACAGGAAACACUGGACAGUGUCAUAACAGCGCAGAACACCACUUCACAGGAGAAUACACUUAACAGUUUUAUAUAGACAACAGCUUCACAGAAGAGAAGAAGAAACCAUGUCUGUAACAACAUGUUCGGUACCAAGAUAAUCACACCUGAUGAUCACAGGUACAACUCAAUAUAUUUGAUCUAAAAAAAGAAAAGAAACUUCCAAUAGUUGAUAUUUGGUUACCAUAAUUCAUAAACUUAACACUGUCUUGUGUAGUGAGAAUAUUUCUUUUCCAAACGAUACAAUAUUUAGCAAAAAUAUGGCACAAUAUCAGCAAUUUAUGAUAAAAAAAGAAAAAGUUUUCUUUUAUAGAUGAGAUUUCAACAUGGGACAUUUACACCAUACCAACAAUGAAAAACACAAAAUGAAAACAUGGAUUUACAGUUACAUCAUACACGGUGCAGAUAUCUGCCGUUAACAUGACGACAAAAUGUUUCCCUACAUGCUGAAUAGGCAAGCAAAAUGGUUCCUUCAAUGUGUUCAAUAUUCAGAUUAAAAGAUGGCACGACAUCAAAUUAGGACAUACAUGAAUAUGUGUCAAGUUCUGCAAGCCAAAAAAAAGGACGUCUUAAUCAUGCAGAACACACCAACGUAAAAACAGAACACUGACGUAUAGUUAAAACACCAUACACUGAUGAAGCUUGUGCGGAUAUUGAUAUAACAAGUAUAGUUUAUCUAGAAGAGGAGGUAUCCUACCUCUACUAUGGCUUAUGACGGGAGACAGAAGAUUACAGAUACUGUACGGUCUGUUAUCACUAGUUAUAAAGCGGCUAAUAUUCUCAUUAUGCAUAGGGCUGUCAAGAUAAUAACAGUGUGUUGUGUACUUUGGCUAAUUUGCUUAUGAACUGAAUACAUUGUGCACCUAAUCUCCUAUUAGGCUGGAUGACAUUUUCAGUAGAUUUAUAUUGUUUGAUGAUAUUUUAGCACUAAUCGUUUAUGUAUUGAUUGCGUCGGUUAAUCAGACUGUUAGAUUUUACAGUUCAGAUGUUCUGAGGUAAAGAUACACAUUUUUUUAAUCUAAAAACAGGUGCAGUUGAGUAUUUUCUUCAUGGCAGUGGAUUACUGAACUAGUCCUUCACUUUACAAUCUUUCUCUGUACAAUCCUUGAGUGAUACAAAUUACGAUAUGCGUCAGUUACACAGGUUGAAUUGUUAGUACGUCACAGGAUCUUCCAUUUGUUCACAGAUGGUAGCUUCCUGGUCAACAGGCCAGCUCAGAAAGAUGUAGUUAACCUCGCUAAGCAGUUAUACAUGAGACACAUAGCAGAAAAGCUGGGCAUUAGAUAUAUGCCCUUUUUAUAGUCGUUUCUUAUCAUAAAGCCCCUUUUUAUGCUCUCUAUUUACAGCCCUACAAAGGCAGACAGCUGUCACUUCAGAAGAAAGGCAAACUGCUUAACAGACAACAAAGUUGUAAUACCUUCAUUUGAACAAUUAAGGCGGAUUAUAUUACCAAUAAAAUGAGUUGCCAUAGGA